AUUUCUACCACGUUCCUCACUAAGUGUUCAACCGUAGUGGACACUACUUCUCUGCUUCAGUACACAUGUGGGCACCAUGCGACUGGUACUUCCUAACCCAGGCCUGGAUCUCCGGAUCCCUAACUAUGAGGACCUGGACAGGAUGGAGACGGAGGAGGCCGAUGACAGGCCCAAGUGGGACAACAAAGCCCAGUACAUCUUAACCUGUGUAGGCUUCUGCAUUGGGCUCGGUAACGUGUGGCGAUUCCCUUACUUGUGUCAAAGUCAUGGAGGAGGUGCCUUUUUGAUUCCCUACCUGAUCCUGCUGGUGAUGGAAGGAAUGCCUCUCCUACUGCUGGAGUUUGCCAUCGGCCAGCGUCUCAGGAAAGGCAGCGUGGGAGUGUGGAGGGCCAUCAGCCCUUAUCUGACUGGUGUUGGUGUAGCCUCCAUGCUGGUGUCCUUAUUGAUUGGACUGUACUACAACACCUUAAUAGCCUGGAUCUUGUGGUAUCUCUUCAAUUCCUUUCAAGACCCGCUGCCUUGGACCCAGUGUCCUCUCAAUGACAAUGGCACAGAAUGUGUAGCCUCUCCACCGGCUCUGCUGAAUGCAGUGUAUGUCACAGCCAUCCUGCCUUAUAUAGUGCUGGCCAUCUUCCUGAUCCGAGGACUGACUCUUAAAGGUGCCCUGACUGGAUUAAAGUUCCUCUUCACACCAAAAGUGGACGAGUUGAUGAACCCAACAACUUGGCUGGAUACAGGUGCCCAGGUCUUUUAUGCUUUUGGUGUGGGGUGGGGAGGCCUCAUCUCCUUCUCAAGUUACAACCCUGUUCACAACAACUGCAUGCAAGAUGCUGUGAUCCUGUCGGUCGUAACUGGCCUCACCUCAAUCUAUGCUGCCACAGUCACCUACACCAUCAUCGGCUUCAGGGCCACAGAGAAAUAUGACAGCUGUAUCAGUGAUAACAUCAUGACAUUAUUAAAUGCAUUUGAACUUCCUGAAGACAGCAUCUCUACAAGCAACUACGACGCAGCCUUUAACCAUCUCAACAGCUCCUCUCCUGAUAUUAUUCUCGGAUUGGACGUCAAAAUCUGUGACCUGCAGACACUUCUCAGUGAGGGAGUGGAGGGAACAGAUCUGGCCUUUAUUGUGUUCACAGAAGCCAUCACCAACAUGCCUGGUUCUCCAGCCUGGUCUGUCCUCUUUUUCAUCAUGCUUUUCUGCUUGGGUAUCUCAACCCUGUUUGGCAACAUUGAAGGAGUGGUGGUCCCACUGAAAGACCUGAAUGUAUUUCCUAAAAAAUGGCCCAAUGAAGCACGGACUGGAGUAACGUGUGCUGUUGCCUUCGUCAUCUCCCUCCUGUUUGCGCAGCAUUCAGGGAUUUAUUGGGUAACUCUCUUCGACAACUUUGCUGGAUCUGUUCCACUUCUGACCAUUGGUUUCUUUGAGAUGAUAGCUGUUGUAUACAUCUACGGCAUAGACAGGUUCAAUGAGGACUUGGAGUUCAUGGUCGGACAUAAGCCCUCCAUCUUCUGGCAGGUUACAUGGAGGUUCAUCAGUCCUCUAAUCAUUCUGGUUAUUUUAGUUUUCUACCUGGUGACACGAGUCCAAGAAGAGCUCACCUACUUAGUCUGGGAUCCCAACGCUGUGGAGUUCCCAUCUCUGGCAUCAGUACCAUACCCUUCAUGGAUCUACGUGAUCAUCUUUCUUCUGGCAGGAGUCCCCAGUCUGGCGGUGCCUGUGUAUGCAUCAUGUAGGCUGAUCUUUGUUUGCUGUAAGAGAAAAUAGAAGGAAAGUCAUACUUUUCAGAAUACAACAAAAUGCAAGAUUAAAAGCAAGCAUGUUUUAUUGAUGCACUUUAGUAAACUAUUCAAACUU